AUGGGAAAGUUGAAUUAUUCCGCUAGAAAGAUCAGCGGCGUCAAAGCUGGCCACGUCGUUUCCAAGGACCUGAAAAAACGAAUGGCCCCAGGCUCUGGCUCUAAGGCUGCAGCCCGCGAUCCAACUCUCGAGAUCGACCUCACAGGCAAAGGUCUCACUGAUGACGGCUUCGCCGAGUUUAUUGACGACCUGAUCAGCUGCAUCAACUGCCGCGAUGCAGAACACCCACUCGGUCUUGCCAAGGUCACUGAGCUCCAUCUUCAAAACAACAAGCUCACCGUGCAGUCCCUCCUCAAGCUAGGAGACGUCAUUGCCAGCAGCGGUGGUGACCUUCGUGAGCUUGAUCUUUCACGCAAUGACAUCCGCAUUGUCACCGAAGAGGAGAAGACCAUUUGGAAGUUGUUUCUGGGUUCUUUUAAGAACUGCUACAUGCUCAAGAAACUUGAUUUGGCUGGUAAUCCGAUUGGGGCUGCUGGCUUGGAAAUCCUUGCUCGUGGUUACAUCAAAAGUGACCUUGAUUUCCUUGAGGCGGACGCAGAGACGAUCGUUCGUCAGGACCACGGUUUCUCCACCGAUGUGCAAGACGGCGAGGAAGCGGCGCUUGCGGAGGAAACUGCGGCACUGAAGAUCGAUGUGAAGGCUAGUUGGGAUUGCAAAAGCGGCUGUGCGAAGAAAUCCCCAAGCAAGGUUGGCAGAGCGGCUCGUCAAAAUGGUGCUGGAUCCACCGCAGUACCAGCCAGCAAGAACAUCACCUUCAAUGAUCUGAAGCAAUACGCAUGUACUCGAGGACUCCGUUCCAUCCCAUACUUCAUAUUAUCAGAAAUCGAAGUCAAGAAUAGCAGUGCGGUGCAUCUAUCUCGAAUGCUCGCCACACAGCGCUCUUCUGAACAACUCUUGGAGUUCCUUCCUCAUGGCAAAGCGUCUGCCAUUCCUGGGUUGGCUAGAGGAGACAGGAGUAUCAUCUGGAAACCCAUUGAUGGGUUCACGGGUCACGCUAAGCGCCUCCUCGAUGUGACUGAGGCGAUUCGUCAAUAUAAAUCUAGGGCCCAGGGUGGUUCGGAGGGCAACAGAUCUGACGAUGAAGACUCGACUGACGAGGCCGCAAAGCAUAAGUCGCAAAACAAAUUAGAGCUCGAUCACACCAGACUUACCAAGCGUGUGCGCAUUGAAUCUCUUAAGCAUGAGGGCCUUCACGCUAGUGAGAUUGCCACCGUUGCGCUGAAGAUGAUGGUAGUUUCUCGGGCACUUCUCUUGGAAGAUAGGGACCGCGCAGUUGAAGCAUCCGAGGAUGUGGCAGCUAAUGAAGAAUUUCCCGUCACCGAGGAACAUGAUGUGGAAGAGCAAGAACAAGAGCAAGAGGAAGAGGAAGAGGAAGGACACGCAGAAGAAGAGUUGAUCGUUGAGCACUCUCCAUCAUCCGUGGAAUUCCACCCACAACCUCAGUACACAAUUCCUCCGGCUUUCUCCCCAUAUUUCUCUAAGGGCCGUUUUCACCCGGGAACUGAGCUAUUUGACGAAGAGUUUCCUGCUCUCCAGCCGGUUUAUCGACCGGCCACACCCAAGUUAGCAACUCCAGAGCCCGAGAACGAGGGAUGCCUCGAGCUAAACUCUCUGCGCGACACUACUCCCGAGCGUUCUGUUUUCGGAGCUGGAAAUGUAUCUGGCCCUGAACUUGGCUCUGUCCGAACUGGUCGCCCCACUGGUGGCAAGGGUAACACGCGUGCCAGUCUUUCUCAAAAAGGACGCAAGUCAAGCUGGCGAUUCGGGUUGACUUUCAACCUCUGGCGCCGCAUUAUUGCCGAAGCGGUCGGUGCGAAUGGUAUCCUGGAUCAAGAACAGCAGGCUCGCAUCCUUCAUUAUGCUUCUGAUUGGGAUUCCGUGGCAUACGAACUGACAAUCAAGGGGGCAGAGAAUCACCAGCAGAUCUGGAAAUUCUUGGAUACGGUUCGCUGCUUCACUUACACGCCUCUGAAUUGA